AUGUCGGCGGACUUUUGGGCCAGCUAUGUCUCUGGUGCAAUAGGCAUUUUGAUUGGAAAUCGUCUCGAUGUUUUGAAAGUGCGAGCGCAGGCAAGCUCUGCUGGUGCUCGCUCAUCUGCUACUCCAGAGCCAAAGAAUCGGGUUCAGAAAUUCACAUCUCUAUUCAGAGGUGCCGCUGCUCCAAUCCUCGGCUAUGGCGCAUUGAAUUCCAUUCUCUUUAUGUCUUUCAAUCGCUCCUUGAAGCUUAUGGAUCCCAGUAUCUUCGACUUUACAAAAUUGGCCGGGGUGGAUCUUGGCAAAAUAUGGAUGGCUGGAGCAAUUGGAGGUUUAGCGACGUUCGUUGUGUCUGCGCCCUCUGAACUUGUCAAGUGCCGAACUCAGCUCGUUGUUGAUGGGCAGGGUUCUUCAUACGCAGUGUUCAAGGAUAUCUGGAAGCAUGGCAGAAUCCGAGGGCUUUACUAUGGAGGCACAAUCACGAGUCUUCGCGACGCAUUUGGAUAUGGCUGGUAUUUUUGGUCAUAUGAGCUAAGCAAAAGGCUUCUUCUGUCCAGGCAACCCGAUCCUUUCGCUUCACCCUCCACUGCCGAUAUCUUGAUCAGCGGCGGAAUUGCGGGGAUUGUCACCUGGGUGUCUAUCUAUCCGUUGGACGUUGUUAAAACCCGCCUGCAGACGCAACCUUCUUUGCGCCUUGAGAGCCAGGGGCUCCUUCCAGGCUCAACGGUACCGUCUCGUUAUGACCAGACGUCUCUCGGUAUGGCGCGUGAGAUAUGGCAUAAUUCUGGUCUCCGUGGCUUUUAUCGUGGGUUGGGUGUGUGUAGUCUGCGAGCAUUCGUAGUGAACGCUGUCCAAUGGUAUGCCUAUGAAAGGAUCAUGGCAUUCUUUCGCAGUCCGCAGUGA